UGCAGAUCUGUCGGCUGUAAUUUGCUUCUUCGGAAUCGUAGCCCACGGAUUUUGAUUUGUAAUGGAGAACCUCCAACUAUAAAUAGUUAAAUACUCAGACUGGAUUCCAGAUUUUAGAAAAAAUUUCAUCCAAUACCAAGGAUACAAACAAUAAACGCUAAAACAAAACUAAAUAAGGAAUAAGAAUGGCGGAGAAGCAAAGCACCAUGGAGUCUCUGAGGGAAUGGGUCGUUGAGCACAAGCUUAGAACUGUUGGUUGUUUAUGGCUGAGUGGAAUAGCGGGUUCGUUUGCAUACAAUUGGUCACAACCUAAUAUGAAAACCAGUGUUAAGAUCAUUCACGCUAGGUUGCAUGCUCAAGCACUCACACUUGCGGCUUUGGCUGGGGCUGCUGCUGUCGAGUACUAUGAUCAUAAGUCAGGAGCUAAGGCAGAGCGUGUUGCCAACUUCCUCGAUCCCCAUCCGCAUAAAGAUUAAAUCUUUGAGACAUGCAAUGAAUAAGAAACUUCAAAAUAUUCUACUAUUAAAUCAAAUUUUCCCCGUGGAGUUUAGGCAUGCUGUAAUUUGCUAGGACAAUUAUAAACUUUGUCAUAGUUUGACAAAUUCUCCUAUGGGAGGAAGAUGCCGGCCUGAUUAAUGUUGUGCCAAGUUAUGGCUUUUAUAACAAUCAUGAUUCCAUUCAUAAACUGGGUUUAGAGUUGAGUUGUGCCGUGUAUAGCAUAGCAUAUACUCCGUAUCAAAGUCUGCUUCCAUUUUCUUUUUUCAAAAUCAAUGCUAUUAUUUGAAUUUGUGCUACGGUUGAAGUGCAUUAAUAGGGAAGUCAUCUCUGGCUGGUUGGAUUUAUGUA